AUGGGUCUCCUCGACAUCGUAAAGCCCGGCGUCGUUACCGGCGACGACGUCCGCAAAGUCUUCGACUACGCUAAGCAAAACAACUUUGCCAUCCCCGCUGUUAACGUCACCUCCUCUUCCACCGCCAACGCCGUUCUUGAGGCUGCUCGCGAUUUGAAGUCCCCCAUCAUCCUGCAGGUGUCGCAGGGCGGCUCUGCCUACUUCGCAGGCAAGGGUCUCGCAAAUGACAAGCAGCAGGCCUCGACCACCGGUGCCAUCGCCGCCGCCCUCCAUGUCCGUACCGUAGCCAAGGCUUAUGGCGUGCCCGUCAUCAUGCACUCCGACCACUGCGCGCACAAGCUGCUCCCCUGGUUCGAUGGCAUGCUCGACGCCGACGAGGAGUACUUCAAGGUCCACAACGAACCCCUGUUCUCCUCGCACAUGCUCGACCUCUCGGAAGAGUCCAAGGAGGACAACAUCGCAACGUGCGAGAAGUACUUCGCACGCAUGGCCAAGAUCGGUCUCUGGCUCGAGAUGGAGAUCGGUAUCACCGGUGGUGAGGAGGAUGGUGUCGACAACACUGGCGUCGACAACAACUCGCUCUACACCCAGCCCGAGGACGUCUACGACGUCCACAAGGCGCUGAGCAAGAUCUCGCCCAACUUCUCGAUCGCCGCUGCCUUCGGUAACGUCCACGGUGUCUACAAGCCCGGAAACGUCCGCCUUCACCCCGAGCUUCUUGAGAAGCACCAGAAGUUUACGAAGGAGAAGGAGUCGUCAAACUACGAGCAGCCGCUCUUCCUCGUCUUCCACGGUGGCUCCGGCUCGACCAAGGAGGAGAUCAGCACCGCCGUCAAGAACGGUGUGGUCAAGAUGAACGUCGACACCGACACCCAGUUCGCGUACCUCGCGGGUAUCCGUGACUUCGUCCUCAACAAGAAGGACUACCUCUUGAGCCAGGUCGGCAACCCCGAUGGCGCCGACAAGCCGAACAAGAAGUUCUACGACCCCCGUGUCUGGGUUCGUGAGGGUGAGAAGACCCUCACGGCUCGUGUCAAGGAGGCCUGCGAGGACCUCGGCAACGUCAACCGCCUGUAA